AUGUCAGAGGAGUGUGGUCUGCUGGUGGAGGAGCUGCUGACUCUGUGUAUCCAUAGAAUGAGUGUGGAACAGAACACCAUCAGCUCUGAACUGGAGUUCAUGGAGGUGGUGAAGAACUUCGAGGCGAUCCGGAAACGAUGUGUUCACGCUGAGCUGGAGCUGAAGAAAUACAAAGAGCUGCUGGUGAAGUCCGACGUGUCCAAAGCAGCUCUGGAGGUCAAACUGAAACACGCCAGGAACCAGCUGGAGGUGGAGAUGAAGAAACGCUACAAGAUCGAAGGAGACUACCAGUAUAUGCAGCGGCAGAUGCAGCUGAUAUGCGAUAUUCUCAUCCACGACACCAAGUCCAGCGCCUGCCUCAACGACGAACAGAAAUCACUGCUGGCGACGUUCGAGCGUAAAGGAGGAAACGCCACCAUGCAACGAAGCAGCAAACGGUUGUCGGUCAUUGAUGAGUCCUCCUUCCUGUCUCACUCCGACAUCAGCUACGACCGGACGGAUGACGACAUGGACCUCGACACGUCUGUGAUCAAACCUCUGAGAUCUCGGGCCAGAGAGAGGAGGAGGUCGUCGAUGGGCAUUUCCGUCAGCGCUCCGAUGGGAAAACGAAGCCGAGGUGGGAAUAUUUCUGCGGAACUGCUGGACAGGAAACCCCUGGAGGAGAAGGUGGAGACGAUCAUGAAGGCGUCGGUGGUGACCCCUGACCCCAGAGGUCAGAUCCACAUGGUGGUCGACAUCGCACAGGAAAGUCCUGAGAACCCGACCCUGAAACCCCAGACCGUCACCCAGGAAUGUGGACUGUCUGUAGGAGAAGCAGGUCAGGACCAGACAUCGGUGUGGUUUGGCUGCAACGAGACGACGAUGGAACCUGAACUGGAAUCAAAGAUGGAGGAGAACGUCAACAGAACCGAGAGAAUGACCAAACACAUUUUCCUCUCCAAAACGGUGAUCCGUCCUGAGACCUGCUCGUCCUGCAGGAAGAGGAUCCGCUUUGGGAAGAUGGUGGUGAAGUGCAGGAACUGUCGUCUGGUGGUCCAUCCAGAGUGUAAACAGAAGUGUGUGGACGGCUGUGCAGCUGGAAGGACCGCAGCUACGGGUCCUACGAGCUCAUUGGAUGGCUUUGCCCCCGUGGACCCGCCCAGAGUGCCCCUAUUGGUGGUGGAGUGUGUGGCUGAGAUAGAGAGGAGGGGCCUGAAGGAGAGGGGGCUGUACCGCGUCCCCGGCACCGAGCGUCUGGUGAAGGAGCUGCGGGAACGCUUUGUGCAGGGGAAGGCUCCGCUCAUGCUCAGUCGGGUGGAGGACGUCCACGUCAUCUGCGGCGUCCUCAAGGACUUCCUGCGGAAACUGAAGGAGCCACUGGUCACCUUCAGGCUCCACCCUGCCUUCAUGGAGGCUUCAGAGACGCCUGAUGAGGAGAACGCCGCCUCCAUGUUGUAUCAAACCAUAUCGGAGCUGCCCAAGGCCAACAGAGACACCAUGGCCUUCCUCAUGCUCCAUCUGUACAAGGUCAUGAGGAGUCCUCAGUGUCAGAUGGAUCAGAACAACUUGGCCCGAAUUUUCGGACCCACCAUUGUAGGACACGGACUGCCCGAACCGUCUCCGUCCACCAUCAUGAGAGACACCAACCUGCAGCCAAAGGUUGUGCGUCGGUUGUUGUCGUUGCCUGAGGAUUACUGGAGACGAGUUCUUUCCAUCCAAUCAGAUCGCAUCACACCUUCAUCCUCCACCAACAGGAUGUCCAGUCGGUUGUUUAAGCCGCUGACGUCACCGGAGCUCAGCAGUUAUUACAAAGAGACAAACAGAGGUUCUACGAGUGGACGAUUCAGACACCUGGGAAACACGUAUGUUACAAACAUGCAAAGCACACGUCGCAGUUAUUACAACUUCGAGCAGAUCCCAGUCGAAGGUUCUUCACGUCUCCCAGCUGAUCCGCUGCCGUCACAGUUCAUUAAACUGAAGAACCAAUCAGACCAUGCUAUUCUCAUGUUUGUGCUGCUGCAGCGCCCCCUGUCUGCUCCACCUCCAACUGAACUCAGCCUGAAGACAGGACUGGAAGUGUUUGUUUCUAUUUCACACUAA